GUACGUCACGGAUCAGCACCCACGGCAUCAGAGAGACCGUGGUGGGCUUCCGGGACUGCUGCCCUCACUUCGACCAUCAGUUCGUUAAACCCGUGACGAACGUUACAUCAGCAAUCAGAGCCACACCAAGCAGAGCCCUACGUCACCGCUCAAUGUGCAGCGCAAACUCACCGCUCGCCCACCAUGGUGACCCUGCAAACAUUUUCCUUUUAUACAUGAAUUGUUGUGUUCUUCUGCUCAGCGGAGACCGCCGGCGACAGGUCUCCGCGACGGCGUCGUGUCUGCUUCGUAUCCGCCGUAUGUCCGCGUGUCACUAACGACAAGACGAUUGCUUCAGAUUCACUUGCGUCCCAUGCGUGGCACCCCCACUUCAGAAAUGGCUCCUGAACCGUUAACCAGUGUCCUAGUGGUGGCUCGCUCGCAGCCUGGGAUCGCGGAGCUCUCGCACGUGACGGAUACACUGUCAGCCUUCCUCGACCACUCCUCGAGUUUGCCAUUAGCUCGAGCGUGUGCUGUGGACUCUGUAUCUCUAUUGCAGAGAGUAUGGGACAUCAGCAAGUCUCGAGAGACCGUCAUGGACCCGUGGUGCCAGCCCACGAAUACCUGGUGUCCAUCCAGGAUGCUGUGGACCAACCGCUUCUACUAUCAAGACCAGUUCUCUAAAGGAAUGAUCGAAGCCUGUACGCACGCAGACGUACGUUCGGUACAGUGGCUGAUUGAUCAGUUAACUGGCUGCGCAGUACCACUUGAAGCUGUAGAGGCAGCGUCGCAACGAGGCAAGCGAGAUAUCCUCCAGCUACUACUGAAAGUCCAUGAACAACACAAGAAGGCGUCGAUGCCUGGGGCUCGCAAUCCGACUGAUAAGAAGCCGCAUCAGGUCAAAUUUUGGGAGAGCAAUGCACUGCUCGCUGCUGCGACUGGAGGACACGGAGAUCUGGUUAUCUGGCUGUACACCGACGUGUUCCAUGGCUUCUACAUGCAGAGUAACCAGGAAGUGAUGGACGAACUGGCACGUCACGGUGACAUGGAAACCGUGCGACGGCUAGUAUCGGACGGAUGGCAACCUCCCCGACUCGACUAUGCCGCAGAGGGUGGGAAUAUAGCCAUGGUACAGUGGCUUCUGGAUCAGAAUCGUGACGUUGGGAAGCAGUGGGCACUCAAGAACGCAGCCUCAAAGGGGCAUCUGGAGAUAGUGAAGCUGCUUGUCGACGAAGAUAUGGUGUAUCUUGAUGGCGAGGCAUUCUGUGAGGCAGCAACACAUGGACAUUUGUUGAUAGUACAAUGGCUAAAAGAGAACAAUCUGGGCUGGAAUAUGGCGUACAAAGCUAUAGAUUUGGCGGCCAGCAACGGACACUUGGAAGUUGUGCAGUAUCUCCAUAGUAACUGUUCUGUUACUUGUACUCACCAUACGAUGCGUACAGCGGCGAGUAGUGGACAUCUCCCCGUCGUUGAGUGGCUCCAUGAACAAUUUGGGAACCAGUCAAGCGUCAAUUUGUACGCGGCUGGGUCUAAACAACAGUUCAACACGACGGUGAUGGAUAUUGCCGCGAUGAAUGGACAUCUCCAAGUCAUGAAGUACUUGCAUAAAGUAGCGUUGACAAUGGAGUCGGUCACUGCAGUAGACGAAGAAAUACUCGAGAAAACAGUCCCAACGUGUACGUCUGCUGCGAUCCAGUUUGCUGCAGCUGGUGGUCACCUUGACGUGCUGAAUUGGCUACAUGAGAAUUACUGGGUUGAGCCCUCUGUAGAUAUCAUGGAUGUUGCGGCUACUAGUGGCAAUUUAGAGAUGGUCAAAUGGCUUCACGACCAUGCUGCGGCUAGAUUCUCUCCAGCAGCAAUGGAUGGUGCCGGCAAAGAAGGUCAUUUGGCUGUGGUUAAGUGGCUGCACGAGAACUCACCUGAAGGAUGUACAGCCAAGGCGAUAGAUGAAGCAGCAGCAAUGGGCCGUCUUCAUGUCGUACAGUGGCUUACUGAAAAUCGAAGUGAGGGCUGCUCGACGAAAGCAUUGGACGGUGCUAUGAAUGGAGAUCACUUCGAUGUGGCGCUGCUGCUAACGACAAAGUACCCUGAACUUGGUAAGAACUCAGAUUUCGAGUUCAUAGAUAACGACCACAUCAGAGCAUGGGUCGAGGAAAUGUAUCCUACCUACAGUUAGUUUUCUUUUACCAAGGCUGUAACAAAUGCAAUGAAAACUAAGAUUGGCAGACAACCGUCGCGAAUAAAACUCGGAGCAAAGCACAGCGUGGGUAACGCUCAACCAAUGUUUACCAGAAGAAUUUUUAUAUUUAGAGGUUUUUUUGUAAUGUAUUUUUUAAAUUCAAC